AAUAAAAAUCCUGGGAACUUUAGUUUUCCUAGCCCAGAGCUACAGUCCCCAGCAUCCUUAAGAACCUAUAGUUCUCAGGAUUUCUGUGUGGUUUAAAUGGGUGCUGUGCAUGCAAGUAACCCCAUUAGCUGUUAUCAUUUCACUCCUCAUCAACAAUCAUUUACUUCCAGAGUUUGCUGAAACUGCGCAACUGCUAUCUAGUUACAGAGGUCAGCCUUCAUAUUUGCCCUGUUUCUCUAACACCAGCCGCCUCUUUGAAUCUCCCGAAUAAGAACCAGAGUUGGAAGUAGAUCUCAUCGGUUUCCAACAAAAUUGGCACAUAGAAGACGGGACCGUUCAGUUGUUGUGUUUUUCUCAGGCAUGCUGAGUCUUGGGUUCCUUCUGACUUUUCAAUUAUAAAUUAGUUUUGUAGCAGACUGCAUCCCAAAGGCUCAGGCAGAGAAUGCAGAAGAGAAAAGUCAUGGCUUAUUCCGAAAGCAAAAAAAUAUUAUUUGGCCUAAUGGCAGGGGCUGCUGGAAUAACCUUGGGCCUCAUUUGGUAUCGAAAGACACAGAAAUGCAGUAAAGCCACGUACUUGCCUACCUUUUUGAAUUCAGAGGGCAGUUUUGACUUGGUGAAUUUUCCACAUGAAACUCAUAAUGAACAAGGAACCAUGAUGCUAUUGCAAGGAAGGCAGCUUCAGGUACUGGAAAAAAUGAAUGGUUUAAUGGAAACUGUGGAAGAACUUAAAAGAGAAGUAAAAUUUCUGAAAGAAGCAAUUCCAAAGUUGGAAGAACUCGUUCGGGAUGAACUCCAGGGGAGAACAGAUUCUCGCAGGAGCAGCCCUUUGCACAGAGGAACAAAGAAGAGGAAGACUGAGACUGGCCAAGUUGUGUCAGAUACCAACAGUUCUGAAGAAGCAGAAAGUGAAGGCGGCUACAUUACAGCUCAUACUGACACUGAAGGAGAAUCUGAGGAAGAAAAAGGAUGGAUCAGUUCUUCCACAUCUCCUCUGGAACCUGAAGAGAAGAUAGAAUUAUUUAAUCUCCUACAGAAUGCGGACAGGUUGCAUUGUGGUUCAGACAAUGAGAAAAUGGAGAGCUUCAAACUGCUGCUUGAAAAUGAGGAAAAGUAUAGAAAUCAUACUGGCUUUCUUUGGAGGCUUGCCCGAGCUUAUGGAGACAUGUUUGCAAUAACCACAGAGGCUGAAGAAAAAAAGAACUAUGCUUCCAAAGGUAAGCUUGUGAGUGAAAAUGCUGUAAACCUGGAUCCAUCAAGUGCUGAGAGUCACCAGUGGUUUGCAAUGAUGUGUGGCUACAUGUCUCAGUUUGAAAGUGUGCAGAACAAAAUCAGGAAUGGCUAUCUCUUUAAGGAGCAUCUAGACAAAGCUAUUGAGCUUAAGCCACAAGACCCCCUUUUAUAUUAUCUAACUGGAAGAUGGUGCUAUGAAGUGGCUCAGUUGUCUUGGAUUGAGAAAAAAGUAGCUGCUGCUCUUUUUGGGACUCCGCCAACUUCAACAAUUCAUGAAGCUUUGCAGAAUUUUCUUAAGGCUGAAGAAAUACAACCUGGAUAUUCGAAACACAAUUAUGUCUAUUUGGCAAAGUGCUACAAAGAUCUUGGCCAGAGGACCAAUGCGCUGAAGUUCUGUGAAACUGCAUCAUCAAUCCUGUCAGUCACCAAAGAGGAUAAAGAGGCUGAUGAAGAUUUAGAAACAUUGCUUCCGUCCCUGAGACUGUGAACCAAACAACAACAAGCACUUUUAGUUAUGUUUUUGAAUGAUACUGUGAAAGGCAUCUGGGAACCCAGAUCCAAGUUCUGAAAGCACACAUAUGUGGGUCUUGUGGAGUUCAGUGGGGUUUAUAGCCAUGGAAGGCUUAGAAUUUGGGAAAACAGGGCUGAGAUGAUACUAAAGGGUUGUAUCUAAGGCUGGCUUUGAUCUGGUGGAAAGCACUUCCACUCGCACAAGAUGAUGCACCCAGAUUCACCAGUUACCUACUGUUGUGUCCUCUGCCUAUCCCAUAAUGUUUCAGAGGGUUUCCCAACCCACGGGAGAAGCUUUUGAGGAGGCAGGUGGGGGGGGAGGGGGUAUGGAACACUGCAGUGGAUACGGGUGGGAUAGGCAAAAAUAAUGUGCCUCUCAUGUGCAAGCAGAAGCGUUUUCCAUUAUUACUACAAAGCCACUGCUCGGUGCAAACCGGUGAUGGAAAUCCCAAUAAUAAAGUCAAGGGGCGGAUGGAUCUGUCAAUUUCAGUUUUCUAAGUUUCUCAUUUUUCCAGUCUUAAAUUCAGUUCUCCACAUUGUGGCAGCACCCUGCAGGAUCCCCUCCAGUUUUAAAUACUCAUGAGAGUUUGCCAGCAUUUUGGUGUGAAUUUCUCCUCAUAAACACAAUUUUGUAUGCAUAAUUUUGACUAGCAUGGGUACUUUGGGAAGCAAUUUUCCCCAAUACAUUUAUGUAUGUUAUGUUAACUAAUACUCAUUUCUAUGCACACUUUCUCCUAACGUAUGCAUUUUUUUGUAAUAUAUUGUGCAGUUGGAAAACUGCACUGCAAAAUUAAUAGAAUUGCUAAUUUUGAAGGAUGGCUGUGUUUCGAUUCUCCUGUUGUUCCACAAAAUGCAAUUUAGGUAUGUUCCCCUUUAAAUGUGAACUGAAUCUAAUUUCUUCCCCAACCCUAAUGAAGUCUGAAACCCCAGGGGAAAAAAAUCAUUGGACUGGAUUACUUCAAGCCCAUUAAGAAUGUAGCAGUUGCUCAUGUGCAGCAGGAAUCUUAUGCCUGCAUUAACACACUUCUUUACACUAGACACCCAUUCGGGCACAUAUUGUUGGUUAUGCUGUAAAAGAAUUAUCAGUCCACUAGUGGAGUCCAAUCAUGUGAAUGUUUACUGAGAAGUAAAACAUUGCCAUAUGCCUCAGGCAUUGCCCUGUUUUGACUGGGCUGAAGUGCUGCUAACUCUGGAGUUGGUUUUAGUUUAAAUACUGGUGUUUUCCCCCUCCUUGGCAACAUAUAUUCUUGGGCUCUCUGUAGCAGAACACAUCCGUGAUCACCUCAUUCCUUUUACAGACUUAAUUUGCAAUGAAUAAGUUGUGAAUCGGGGCCCUUAGGUGAAUGUCGCCAAGGAAAUUGGAACAUGGAAAUCAUGCAUUUGUCUCUCUAAACAAAUUAUAGUAAUUGUCUCUACUAGUUUUUUUUAAGACUUUGCUGGGAAUCUCCAAACAUAAAAUCCACUGCUGGCAAUGGAUUUCUUGAUGGUCAUUAAUCGUCCUGAGAGUGACUAGGAAGCUAGUCUUCGUUGCCUACACAGGCAUGGAAGGUAAAAUUAUGUAGCCAGUGUGGUGUAGUGGUUAAGAGCGGUAGACUCAUAAUCUGGGGAACCGGGUUCACGUCUCCGCUCCUCCACAUGCAGCUGCUGGGUGACCUUGGGCUAGUCACACUUCUCUUAAGUCUCUCAGCCCCACCCACCUCACAGGGUGCCUGUUGUGGGGGAGGAGGGGAAAGGAGAUUGUUAGCCGCUUUGAGACUCCUUCGGGUAGUGAUAAAGCGGGAUAUCCAAUCCAAACUCUUCUUCUCUUGGAAAGUAUGUAAGUUGUGGGAGAAUUGCUCUUUGGGGCUGUUAUUUUAAUCUCUGGAUUUUAAAUAGAAAUAUAUUUUAUAAAUCAUGUAUUUACACAUUAUGCUGUUCUUGAAACAUCUGAAAUUGAAAUAUUAAAUGAGUUUUGAUGGAAUUGCCUGCUGUGGUAGUAUAUUUCUAUAUGCAUAGUGGCAAAGUGAGUUGCUUCAAGGCACUGCUUCUGGUGUGAAGUCUAUGCGUAUUGGAGAAGGAACCUGAAACGUGGGCAGCAUAAAGAGUCUGGAGAGUUUCAAGUCAUAGCAGUGAAGCUUCAGUUGUCCUCACCCCUUCCCAGUUUCCACCUGCCCAAAUCCACUUAUAUAAACAGUUUAAUACAGGCAAUUUGUUGCAAUCUGGGCAUCUGACCAAUUCUUGUUUGGAUCUAUGAUUAGAUAUUCCUUUCAGACUUCCCAGCAUCAAACUUUGUCUUCCAUAGGCAACAACUAUCUUACUAAAUAAAUGCAUUUGUAUAUUUGAUAUCUUUCAAGAGAAAUAGAUGGUCCUGAUGUAAAUUUUUACUAUCCCAUCUGUGGUGGUGUUCCUAUAGCGGAGGUGGUGUUGCAACAAAAUUGUGCACACUCCAGAAUGUCCAAACCUUUAAAAUAUAGCUUUAAAGGCCCAUUUCCCCCUUCAGCACUCUACUCUGCUUCUUAUCCACAUUGCUAUUGAUUGCUUCUGCUUUGGUUUAUCAACCAAGCUUGUGUCAUGUCUACUGUUUCUGCUUCCUCCCAGUCACCUUCUGGAGGGAUGACUGCUUAGAAAGGGAGAAUAUGGAAUAUUUUCUUGAACAUGCACUUCCUGUCUCAUCUCUUUCUCUAGCUGAAUAAACUGUGUACGCACAUCCCUAUCCCUACCCCCCCCCAAACAAUCCUGGGAACUAUAGUUUGAGGGUGCUGUGAAUGAUAGCUGUGAUGAUUCAGCCGCUGGAAAACAUGCUUUUAUCCAUAGAUCUCAGGGCGGUUCACAACAUCAAAUUACAACGCUAAGUAGAGAAAGUCCACCUUUCCCAAUGCUGACUCGCCUGUCAUAGCUGGGGCCGAUUUGCAUAUGUAGCUUGCUAAAGUAGAACAGAUUGCUUUUUUACAAAUACUGCUCAAAGCCGCAAACAAUUCUGGCACUGAUAGGUUUCAUGUUUACAUAAUGCUGAAAAUAGUUCCCUGUUAUAUUCUAUGCCUAACACAAUAAUGUUACGUGUUUUCACAGCUAAUUGAGACUUGCUACAAUAAGCUAGCAAGCAUUAUUUUCCAUACAUUCCAGAAGCUUCUGGCAUCCAUUUUGUGCCAUCUUUCUGUGUGAUUUUGCCUCCUAGGGAUGAUGGCUUAGCCACAAAACUAAUCUAAAAAGGGGGAGGGAAGGAACGAGCCAGCACCAUUUCACUUAUGCAUGUUUAAUAUGCAGGCUGUACCGCUCUCCUUCUCUUAGAAGCAAAAUAAUCUGAACCACUUAUUUGCUGAGCCACCCAGAAAACAGUUGUGCUGCCUCCCUGCUCUUUCUUGCCAAACCUAAUGUAAUCUUAAACUUGUGAGCUACCCAGCCAAGUUUUGAGCGACUUAGUACGUGGUUUUUAUGCCAAGCAGACAGGCAAACCACUCAGCAGUGACCACAAGCUUAUCAAUAAGCUAUACCUGACACAAAAGAGUCCCAGGGGCAGGAAGAAGAGCCAUAAUUCCCAAAGGUUGCUUGACUUUCACAUCCUUAUGUGCUCUGAUUACACAUACGUUUAUGUGCGUUUGUGCACAUGUGUGUGUGUAUAUAUAUAGAUAUAGGUAGAUAGAGGAUAUUAAAAAGUAAAGGGUCUGCAUUACUUUUUCCCUUUCGUGUUUACUUUAUAUGGUCAGUUUAUUUUGUAAUUAGACCAUUUCCCUAUACCACAUGGGUCAUGCAAGGGAGCUGAUGCUAUACAGUACAUGUGGGGAUUUUGUAGAGUGUUAACAAUGCUUACUAUACUUUAUUGAUCAUAGGAUAAAUGGCUAGUUCUUGCUGCAUGGUAUUUGCAUAGGCUGUUUUAGCACAGCUCCUCUUGUGACACGUUCUGAAGUUGUCUUAGGAACUUGCAUAGGCUAAAAGAUAGUAAAACAAUGGCUAUAAAUGGCUCUGUUUAAAACUCCCAUUAUCAGGAAGAGGAGAAACAUAAUAUCACUCUCUAAGGAAACUGGUCUUGUCAUUUGAAAUAUUUACACUCGAUGAUGGAAAGCAGACUCCAAUAAAUUGCAGAAGAAACCCCAUUUUGUGCUUUUUAAUACUCCCCUGGCAGAAAAAGUUCCUACCAUAUGAUAUGGAAGCAAUCUACCAUGUCAGUCAUACAAAGGAAUGUGUUAACAGCUCACACACAGCAUUUAUGGGUUUGGCAAAAUGCAUUUCUUACACAUAUGUCAUUUGCCAGUGUUCUAUUAAUGGAAAUAAAUAUUAUAGCUUAGGGAUAUUUAGCCAUCUUUUUAUUUUAUGCCUAAACAUUACUGCUUUGUCCAAAUCACCACUCAAAGUAACUCAUACCGCAGGGUCCAGCAAGGGGAGAUCUGUGGGUACUAUUGAUAUUAUUACGCAUUGCAAUGGUCACAUAGUUCCUAUUGAUCUUGAUAAGCGUACACCUCCAUGCAUUUAAAAUACGUUCUUUCCCCUGAAAAUUCCUGGGAUUUGUAGUUUAUUCCUCACACCCUCUAAACAAACUACAGCUUCCCGCUUUCUCCAUGGGGAAGCAACAUGCUUUAAAUGUAUGGCUAAUGCACAGGCAUAAUGCAGAUAAAAGUACACAUUCCCAGGUGCCAACAAAUCCAAUUGCCAGGCGAACACUGGUGGACUGGCCCUCCCUGUUCUGGUGGGUAAUAAUGAGGCUUUUAAGUUUUAUUGUUGCUUGUCUGUGAUGAUUAGACUAAAUUGAAAGGGUGAAAAUCACUCUGUAGGAAAGGGGCAGGGAACCUGUGGCCGUCUGGAUGUUGACGGGAGUUGGAAUCCAAUAAAAUCCAGAGGAAGGGAUAUUUUCCCUCUUUGCUGCGAGAUAAUACUUAUUGAGACUGGGAAAAUAAAGAGGGCUGGUGCUUUCAGUUUUUUUGUAGUGGCGAUUGCAAGGGACUAAAUGCCAAAUCUGAAGAAAUUUGAAAUAGGAGAGGUUGGGUACUUUUUUUUGAAGGGAUUCCUACUUCGGAUUAGUAAUUUAAACUUUGCAGGUUUGUUUGCAUUUUGAACACUAGCACCAAUAUGGUAAUGCAGCCCCACUAUGGAAAGGGCACUAAACACCUUGUCCACUAUGAUACUGCUCCCAGUAUUUCCAUUUUUGUACUAGCACUGCCAGCUGCUGUGUGCACAUACUCUAGGAGUGCUAUACGAAGAGAGAGUUGUAGUUGUAGAAAC